GAGGGGACGGAGCGCGUCGGAAAGAGCCGAAAAGAGCCGACGUUAACCGAGCGCGGCGUCGCCCGAGUUUCCCGGAUGUAGUUGGAGGAGCGGCGGCGACGGCGGCGGCGGGCGCAGCGGGGGGAGGAGGCGGCCGCGGCGGCAGCGACGGAGUCCGCGCUCCCGGAGCGCCUCAGCGGGGCCGAGCUGCCGGCGUCUCCCCUCAGGCUGCGCGCGGCGGAGAUGGGCCCGUGAGCGCUGCUCCCAGCCCAGCUGCCGAGCCGCCCCCUCCCUCCCUGCCCCCUCCCUGCCCCCGGUCGGCGGCGAGGCGGAGCGCCGCUCCCCUCCUCCCCCCUUGGCGCCCGUGGCCCGGCCGCGGCCGUCCCUUCCUGGUCCCCUCACACUCACACACACAGGCCGGGCAUUGAUGGUAAUGUAUGCGAGGAAACAGCAGAGACUCAGUGAUGGCUGUCACGACCGCAGGGGGGACUCGCAGCCCUACCAGGCUCUUAAGUACUCAUCCAAGAGUCACCCAAGUGGUGGUGAUCAUCGUCAUGACAAGAUGCGAGACACCACAGAUCCUUCACCGCCAAAUAAAAUGUUGCGGCGCUCUGAUAGCCCUGAAAACAAAUACGGUGACAACACAGGGCACAGUAAAGCAAAAAGUGUGCAUACUCACAGAGUUAGAGAGAGGGAUGGUGGGACCAGUUACUCUCCACAAGAAAAUUCACAUAACCACAGUGCUCUUCAUAGUUCAAAUUCACAUUCUUCUAAUCCCAGCAAUAAUCCAAGCAAAACUUCUGAUGGAGCUUACGAUUCUGCGGAUGAUUGGUCCGAACACAUCAGCUCUUCAGGCAAAAAGUACUACUACAACUGCAGAACAGAAGUUUCACAGUGGGAAAAACCAAAAGAGUGGCUGGAAAGAGAGCAGAGACAAAAAGAAGCAAGCAAAAUGUCAGUUAACAGUUUCCCAAAAGAUAGAGAUUACAGAAGAGAGGUGAUGCAGGCGACAGCUGCCAGUGGGUUUGCCAGUGGAAUGGAAGACAAGCAUUCCAGUGACGCCAGUAGUAUGCUCCCACAGAAUAUUUUGUCUCAAACAAGCAGGCACAAUGACAGAGACUACAGACUGCCAAGAGCAGAGACUCACAGUAGUUCUACUCCAGUACAGCAUCCCAUCAAACCAGUGGUUCAUCCAACUGCUACCCCAAGCACUGUUCCUCCUAGUCCAUUUUCUCUACAAUCUGAUCACCAGCCAAAGAAAUCCUUUGAUGCUAAUGGAGCAUCUACUUUAUCAAAACUGCCUACAUCCACAUCUUCCAUCCCUUCACAGAAAACAGAGAGAAAAGAGUCUACAUCCGUGGACAAGACUGUAUCCCAUUCUUGCACAACUCCUUCUACAUCUGCUUCUGGACUGAAUCCAGCUUCUGCACCUGCUUCAUCAGCUCCUACAGUUCCUGUCUCACCUGUCCCACAGUCACCAAUUCCACCAUUACUUCAGGACCCAAAUCUCCUUCGACAGUUGCUGCCUGCUCUGCAAGCCACAUUGCAGCUUAAUAAUUCUAGCGUAGAUAUAUCCAAAAUCAAUGAAGUUCUAACAGCAGCUGUGACACAAGCCUCUCUGCAGUCUAUACUCCAUAAAAUUCUUACUGCUGGACCAUCUGCUUUCAAUAUCACUUCCCUAAUUUCUCAAGCAGCACAACUGUCUACGCAAGCUCAGCCAUCUAAUCAGUCUCCAAUGUCUUUAACAUCUGAUGCCUCAUCACCAAGAUCAUAUGUAUCUCCCAGAAUAAGCACGCCUCAGACUAACACCGUUCCACUUAAGCCUUUGAUGACUACACCACCAGUAUCAUCACAGCAGAAGGUUGUUACUCCAGGAGUUAAACAAGGACCAGCUUCACAGUCAGCACCUCAGCAGCCGGUAAUAGCUGACAAGCAGGCGGGUCAUGAACCUGCCUCUCCUCGAAGUCUUCAACGCUCAAGUAGUCAAAGAAGCCCAUCACCAGGUCCAAAUCAUACCUCCAGCACUAGCGCGUCAAAUUCAACACCUGCACCGCAGAAUCCAUCUGUACGACCCACUUGUUCGUUAACACCUACGCUAGCGGCACACUUCAAUGAAAACCUUAUAAAGCAUGUUCAAGGCUGGCCUGCAGACCACGCAGAGAAGCAGGCAUCAAGAUUACGUGAGGAAGCCCAUAACAUGGGAAGUGUUCAUAUGUCAGAAAUUUGUACUGAAUUAAAGAAUUUAAGAUCUUUAGUUCGAGUAUGUGAAAUUCAAGCAACUUUGCGUGAGCAAAGGAUACUAUUUUUGAGACAACAAAUUAAAGAACUUGAAAAGCUAAAGAAUCAGAAUUCCUUCAUGGUGUGAAAAGUUGUAAACAAUUGCACAUGGUUUUGAGUACAGGAACUAUUAAACUGAUGCCCAGUCUUAACACUUUUGAGCUGCAUUUGAGUAGACUUUGGACCGUUGAGCUGGGCAGAAAAAAAGAUGACAUGGGGAAGGGGACAGG